CGUCUGCACCCAGCCAAAGCUGCAGCGCGGUGCUAAGGGACCGGAGGCUCCUGGCUUUUGGGUGGGACGAAAACUAAGGCCCUGACCGCUUGUGGAUGGUCCUCACAGAUCCCAGAAGCACAGAGAUGUAGAGGCUGGAAGGGACCUUGAGAGGCCGUCUAGUUCAUCCCACUGACCUGGGGCAACGUCCAGGCUUACGUUGGGGGUGUUAAUUCUGGUGCACACGUACCAUUAACAGCCUGCCCAGGGAGGGGUCAUCCUAUCAUGAUAAUCUAUGGAGCCGGGGGGAAUCGUGAAAGCCUUUCCAAAGAGGAAGAAGAUGAGGGAUGACUCGGGAAAGACGGUCCCUCCAAAGGUCCUGAAACAGAAGGAAACUGGGAUUGUAGAAGAAUGGCUGAAGCCGGUCACAGCCUACGUGCUGCCAGCAGGCAUCGGGCCGGCCAGGGCAGAGAUCUUUCACAAGCAGAUUGCCCAGAAGGGGGGUCGCAUCUGCAACCAGCUCUCCUCGAAGGUGACGCACAUCAUAGUGGCAGAAGACAUGGACUGCGACCGGGCCUUUCGCCUCCUCAGACUGGCCAGGCUUCCCGCAGGGAUCCAGCUGGUGAAGGCCUCCUGGCUGAGUUUGUGCCUUAGAGAGCAGAAGCUGUUGGACACCGCGGGGUACAGCAUCUUCAUCCCAGACAGGUACCUGGAGGAGGAGGAUCUGCCAAAGGGACCACAGCAGCUUCUGGGCAGUGAGGCUGUCCAGCCCCAGACAGGGACGGAAGCAGCAGAGCUGAAGGCUGAAUCGCAGACAGCAACCACCUUGCCUCAGGACCCAGCCUCCUCAGCCCAGCAGCGUGCGGAGGUUCUCCACGCACAGAGGGACUCUGAUGAGGAAGGGAGCGAGGGGGAAGAGACCAGCAUCACCCCGGGAGAGCUGGCAGCCCUGAUCUCCGGCGGGCGCCCGGACGCCUCCUGGGGGCGUUCCACCGACAGCUGUCCCUCGGAGCCCUCUGUGGCCGGCAAGUGGGUGUGUGCUCAGUCCUCCAACAGCAAGAAAGUGAAUCACAACCAGCACAUCACUGAGAAGCUGGAAGUGCUGGGGAAAGCCUACACCGUCCAGGGGGACAAGUGGAGGGCUCUGGGCUACUCCAAAGCCAUCAACGCCCUUCAGAGCUACCACAAACCAGUCACCUCUUACCAGGAAGCCUGUAAGAUUCCUGGGAUCGGGAAGCGGAUGGCGGAGAAGAUCCUGGAGAUCCUGGAGAGUGGGCACCUGCGGAAGCUGGACCACAUCAGCGAGAGCGUGCCGGUGCUGGAGUGCUUCUCCAACAUCUGGGGAGCGGGGGCCAAGACGGCCCAGAUGUGGUACCAGCAGGGCUUCCGGACCCUGGAGGACAUCCGCACCAAGGCUCCUCUCACCAGCCAGCAGGCCGUUGGGUUGAAGCACUACGAAGACUUCCUGGAGCGCAUGCCGCGAGCGGAGGCUGCAGAGAUAGAACAGACUGUCCGCGAAGCAGCCCAGUCCCUGAACCCUGGGCUGGUGGCUGGGGGCGCCUCCCGCCGGGGGAAGUCCACCUGCGGGGACGUGGACGUCCUGGUGACCCACCCCGAUGGGCAGUCUCACCGCGGCGUCUUCGGUGGGCUGCUGGACAGCCUGCGGCGGAGCGGGUUGCUCACCGACGACCUGGUGAGCCAGGAGGACAGCGGUGCCCAGAAGAAGUACCUGGGCGUGUGCCGGCUGCCUGGGCCGGGGCGGCGCCACCGACGCCUCGACAUCAUCGUGGUGCCCCACGGCGAGUUCGCUUGCGCCCUGCUCUACUUCACCGGCUCGGCCCACUUCAACCGCUCCAUGCGCGCGCUGGCCAAGACCAAGGGCAUGAGCCUGUCGGAGCACGCGCUCCACACGGCCGUGGUGCGCGCCCCCGGCGGCCGCAAGGUGGAGCCCGGCCUCGUCCUGCCCACCCCCACCGAGAGGGACGUCUUCACGCUGCUGGGGCUGCCCUACCGGGAGCCCGCCGAACGGGAUUGGUGAGGCGGUUGGGGCCACCCAGUGUUCCCU